UGCAACUUCGCGCUGCCUUUAACUGUCUUGGUGACAGGGCUGGGUGCCUUACCGUCUUGCCACCACCGCAGGUCGGGGCCGAGCAUUUUCUCUUUCAGACGACUUUCUCUUACUUGGGAGCUCCGUGGCAAACCUGUGGGAAAGGCAGGGCGGUAAAUACCAAGUGCGCAGAGGAGGAAGCCGAGCCCCAGGCGCGGGUAGUAAACGCCUUGCUGAAGGUCACGCAAGGCUCAGGGCCAGAACCCCGAUCCCCCCGUCUGUUAAUUAUGUUUUCUUUCUGUUACACCCUCAACACACGAUUUUCCGAACGGAUAGGAUGAUUACAUGCAGAAUUUAUUGCUUGCACAUUCUCAGUGGAUAUGGGAAAGCAGAACCACCAAAAGGAGUGAUGAUCAGCGAUCUCAUGAUAAAUCUGGAUGUCAGUUCUCAUGCCUCAGGACAUCCUCUCAGGAACACCACACCAGCUCCUGGGAUCAGACUUGCAUCUACUUAGUGUACCCUUCUUUGCCUGAACUACUAAAGCCAGUCUUACCUAACCACGAAUGGCUACCCAAAGGAAACAUUUGGUGAAAGAUUUCAAUCCUUACAUUACCUGCUAUAUCUGUAAAGGGUAUCUGAUCAAGCCAACGACAGUGACGGAAUGCCUCCAUACCUUCUGUAAGACUUGUAUUGUCCAGCACUUUGAAGAUAGUAAUGAUUGUCCAAGGUGUGGCAACCAGGUUCAUGAGACAAAUCCACUAGAAAUGUUAAGGUUGGAUAAUACACUAGAAGAAAUUAUAUUUAAGCUGGUCCCUGGACUACGAGAACAAGAACUUGAGCGUGAAUCUGAAUUUUGGAAGAAAAAUAAGCCUCAAGAAAAUGGACAAGAUGAUACUUCAAAAGUUGACAAACCUAAAGUAGAUGAAGAAGGUGAUGAAAAUCAAGAUGAUAAAGACUAUCACAGAAGUGACCCACAAAUUGCUAUCUGUCUAGAUUGUUUACGAAAUAAUGGGCAAUCAGGGGACAAUGUAGUAAAGGGUUUAAUGAAGAAAUUUAUUCGAUGUUCUACACGUGUAACUGUGGGAACUAUUAAAAAAUUUCUAAGUUUAAAACUAAAACUUCCAAGUUCUUAUGAGUUGGAUGUGCUGUGCAAUGGUGAAAUUAUGGGGAAGGAUCAUACUAUGGAAUUCAUCUACAUGACAAGAUGGCGACUAAGAGGCGAAAACUUUCGGUGUCUGAACUGCUCAGCUUCGCAAGUCUGCUCUCAGGAUGGCCCUUUGUAUCAGUCAUACCCUAUGGUAUUGCAGUAUCGACCAAGAAUUGAUUUCGGUUAGACCAAGGGGCACAAAUCUCUGAGAUGAAUCCUGCACUGUUUACUCGUCGACAGAUUGCACAGUUAAUGGUGUGUGGAGUAGAGGGACACAACCAGAUUUUCAGCAUGCAAAUAAGGCCAUUGUCUAUCUAUAAAUUGUCAAUUACAUUUAUGUUGUUUCUAUUAAGAGCAAACCAAGUGCCAUUCUGCUACUGAACCGUCUGCAUAGGGUAUUUGUGCUGUCUCACAGUGUGCAAGUCCUAGCUGAGAUCAGUUAAGUGUGCAGCCAUGAUUCAGCCUUCUGAAUAUUUUGCUUGCCUGUUCUAAGAUUGUUCUAAUGUUUAAUUACACUAGUUAAAAUGGCUCAAUCUUUGUGGUGUUGCAGUUUUCACAUACUUAGUAUUUUAUUAAUUCUUGUUUAAAUAGAGUACUGUACAAGAAACUAAUAAUUAUCUUGAAAUUGUUUUAUAUGGAAAUAUAUUUAGAAAAGUGGUUUUUGAGCCACUAUCCUGUUCUUGGUAAGCUUUUUGUGUAAAAAAAAAAUAGUUAAUUCUUGAGUGUGCAAGUCUGUUUGCAAAGAAUUUCGAUUAUUUAACAUUAGAGCACGUCAUAAUUGUAGACAUUCUAAGCAUCUGUCAGUGUAGUCUACUAAUUGCACAAGGAAGGCAUGUUAGCCCUCCAGAUUGAAAAUGUAUGUGACUUUUUGGAGAACUGAAGUUAGAUUCACAACCAUUCAAAAUGUUGGCAGCUGAUCACAUUUACUUCUAAUAAAAUUAAUGUGUAAGUAAGGUUAAUCUUUCAUAAUGCCUUAUGACAAGUGGGUGCUGCUUCAUGAAACUUCAUUGUAAAGCCCAUUUUAUGUAUGUAUCAUUACAUUGUUGCUGUCAUUUAAUGAGUGCAUUGUUUCUCUUUAAGUUGGCCUUAGGUACAUGUUAUUGUGGCAUGCAGAGGGUUAUGAUUUUAAAUAUUAGGAUUUUUAGAGCAUAUAACAUUAGCUAUUUUAUGGAUUUCAAAAGUCUCAAAACAGUUAUAGAUUAAAACUGUUAGUUAUCUUUUACAUUUCCAAACCAUAUGCAUAAAAUAGAAUAAAUGCUGUGUAGAAGAUAAACAUGUUAACCAAAAUUAAUGGUUUAAGGGUAUUUUCUUUUAGAUCCUGUACUAAUCAGGAGGAAAUGGGAUUAUCAUUUUAUACAUGAGUUCAUUAAGGUCAGAGCUAUGAUAAUGUCUUGUGUUUUGCAGUUUUAAGUCUUCCAUUCAUUUUGAGGUUAGUCUGCAAGUCAAAGAAAGUCUUGUUACCUUUAAUUAUAUUAAAAACUCCAUUUAAAAUAUUUUAAAAUUUAUAGUUUUCAAAAUAUUUCUUUGGAAAUCAUUUUAUUAAUUACUUUGAAACAAAUUAAUCUUUGAAACUUAGGAAAAUAUUUGUUUUAGAUAUCUAACAUGAGCACAAUCUGUGUGUUAUGCACUUAGUUUUUAUACUAAAUAUGUGGUAAAUGUGCUACAUUUUCCAGCAAAAUAUAUCACAAAUUAAUGCCUUCUGAAUUUCAAAAUGCUUCUCAGAAAUAAAACAUUGUACAACUCUAAGAAACAUACAAAGUACAGCUAAAUCUUGAUACAUUUCACAAUAUGAAGCUGAAACGUCAUAACUGUCUUUUCCUUACAUCUUUUUUUUCAAGUCAAAGUCUGUUAAAUUUUUCAGUUAUCCUGACUUUUGUGAAAAAGGUUAUGGCAAUACUUUCUUAACUUCAUUUUGUUAGAUUGUGUUUGUUCUUGGGAGUACUCACAAGCAGAAUCUAAAAGGCAGAUUUUUGUUAACUCUUUAUAAAUGGUUGGAAAAGACCAUUACACUCAACCAAAAACUGAAUUUGGAUCUGGCUACAGAAAUUACUUUGCUAUGCUGUGAAACCCAGUUCCCAGACAUCCUUGAGAAUUUUUAAAAAUUAUAAAUUUGUCACCUAUAGGUCAGUGAUUAAUAUAGUGUUUUGUAUUUGGAAUUUAACUUUAAUUAACUUAAUUUAGAGUGCAUUUUUAAAAACCACAAAUGAGACUUGGAUGUUUUGGUUCUAUGGCCAAAACUUAUGGCCAUAAAUGAAUUUUAUCCACAAAAUCCCUUUAGAUUUGGCUCGUUGCCUGAUCAUACAAAAUUUCACUAUUUUCCAAGGAAAUAUAGGAAGUAAUUAUGGAACUGAGACUAGUUUUAUAUAAAAUUGUUUAUUUACUGUUAAUGUAUUAACAUUUUAUUGAAAUGCAAUGGAAUAUGUGCCAAAACAUGUGAAAACCUUAUGUAAAGAAAGGCAUCAAUUGUCAUUUGGGGAAAGGUACACAUUUUUUGAAGAUCCUGAGUACUAGGUAUUAUCACUACUAGAACCACAAACUUCUUCAACCAACUUCUUUUGGUAUAUUCAACUACAACUUUCUAAGUUGUAGUUGGACUACUUUCAUGUCUAGUUAUACACGAUAGCCCAGUUAAUUGCCCCCUAAGUCAGGUUGUAGAAUUUGCAAGAAACCAGGUACAGUAACUUUUGUGGUUAGCUUUAUAAAUUUAGGGUGCUUAUAAAACAAACUAUAUAAAUAACCUAUAGGAAUAAUCAUCUGAAUUCCUAAAAGCAGAGAAUAAAAAUAACUAAAUGUUUUUCUUUAAUCUGUUGUUUAUUAAGCAAUAAACUAUAUAUAUAUUUGAGAAAUCAAAAUACACCCUUUUCUCUAGAUUAACAAGACACUUCUAAGUAUGAAAACUAAACUAAAAUGCUCAUUGGUGAGGUAAUAUUCAGUCUGGAGUGUGGGUAACUUGGGUAAUGUCUUCUAAUGACUUUUAUAAAGCAUAUUUCUUUAUUCAUUGAUAUUUCUUUAUUCAAUCUAUCCCAUACUAAUGUGCCACAUUUUAUAAAUGUAAUGCCUUUGCUCAACUAUAUUAUAUACUCAAAUGUAAUCUAAAUUUAAACUGAUCCUUUAAGAAAAAAUAAGUGUUAUAUAAUAUUGUGAACUGUUUAGCUUUAUUGAAAUAUUUAAGAGAAAGUGCCUCACUGCUAAAGUGCAUUUCUGUUUUAGAUUUACUGCAUAAAGUUUAUCUGUACCUGUCUCUUAUGAAUGGUUUCGUAUCUAAAUAGGCUCUUGUAAAUUAGAGUAACCUUUUUUUUUUUUUUGAAGGAUUUACAUAAGUAUAUAGAUAUCACCAAAGACAUUUUACUGUUAGUUAAUAACCAUGUUGGAGAGACAGUUAACAGUUGGAGGUUAGAAAUGUUUAGAUUACAAUUUAAUUUUAAAAAGUUAGGCAAUAACCUUGAUUAAUUUCUAAAGUAUCACCAAAGAAAGGCUUUAUACUGAAUUUUCUUGGUGAGGUCAGAUACAGGUUUUUCUUGUAAUAAUCAGAGCACACUUUCUUUCAAAUAUGUUCAUUAUUUUUCAGCACCAUCUGACAGAUCUUAGGAAAUCCUAAAAAGUGAGGAAGAGGUAAACAACAAAUAGCCUCCCUGUGGAUGAAAAGUGAGAGAAAUACAGACUUUGAAAAGAAAAUUGAGAUUUUUAAAUUUUAAUUUGAGAAGCGUUUUAUUUCCUGGAGACAGUAUAAACUAAAAUUAAGCUUAUUUAACUCCUGGGUUCUUCGUAAUAUGAGGAAUUUUAUUAAAGACAGACUUUGGUAAAUGUGCUGAUGUGCUUAUUUAGAAGAGAGUACAUUCUAUUGGACUUGUAUAAGUGUUUUUUCUAUAUUCAGAAACAAAAUUUUCAUAAGGGCCUGUGGUCCGCCCCCUAAAAAGUAACUGUCUUCUCAGCAAUUGGUUUAUUAUUAUUAGAAUUUAGCCAUGCAACCAAAUUUGGUGAAAUGGGGUCACAGAACAAGCUUGUACAUCAAAAAAAACUUCAGUACCUUCCUUACACCAUUUCUUCUUGGCAAUGCAUGCCCAUGGGCCACCUUAAAACUCAUAUUUAAAGUCUUUCUGGCAGGUCACUAGGUAAAUCUCCUUGGGCAGGAUAAAAAUGGGUGCACACUCUAUUACAUGUUUUGUCUGAUUUAUCAUAAGGAAUUUUCCAGCAAGCUAAGCUUUAUACCAAUAAGAUGUUGGUUGUAGGAACUUCAAAAAUGAGUUUGCCAAAACUUUAAUUUCUGGAUUAGAAACACAAAAACUUGAAAUGUUAUUAUUUUAAGAUAUAUAUUCCUAUAGUUUGGGGAACAAUAAGGAACAAUGUCUGCUAAAUCUGAUUUAUGAAAAAUCGAAAAAUAUUAAAUACACUAGAGACUCAGAAACCCUUUCAAGGCACAGAAUAACCAAGUGUUUCUGGAUUUACUUGCUAAACCUAGGUCAGUAAUAUUUUGAUGGAAGACAUCAGAGUAAAGGUUUAUUAAAAUGUACUAAAAUAUACAAGGUUUCAUAGUUUUGUUUUUCUUACAGUGGUGGUUUUCCAGUAAUUUCAAAGUGAUUCUUUCUAGUUUAAUAGUUAUCACAAAUGUGUUUACUUACUGUCAUAUUUUCAAAUAAGAAUUAAAAUGCUUGAGCACUUCCUUUUCAGAAAGUAAUAAAAUUAAAAAUUUAUUUUUGAUGCUCAUUCAAAUCUGUCUAUCCCUCGUUAUGCCCCUUUUUCUAUGACUCAAAACUGAUUUUCCAGAAUUGCUUUUUAAUUUUAAUUACUUUUAAUCUAGAAUCUGGUGAAACAUAAAUGUCAAAUACUGGGUUUAGUUUUCUUCCAUCUUGUAGAGCUUCAUGCAGUAAGAAACCAAUAUAGUACAAAUGAAGAUUAAAUGUUUCAUUAAAUGAAGAUUAAAUGUAGAGAUAGUAAGCAGAUUUAUUUAUCCAUACAGUCCACUGGAGCAGGAGUUCUACACAUUAAAAAUGUAAUGGGAUCAGCCUAACAUUGUUUGGGGUCAGUUUCUUUUUGCUGUAAUUUUUAGAAUGGGGGUGGGGGCCUAAGUGUCCUUAUGAAGCUGUGGUCCUCGACGAGUGCUUGGAGGGGGGAGUACCAGUGUUCUGCUGCUUUCCUGCAUCUGAGCAACACAACAGAGAGCAUCAGUUUUUAAUAGAGUAGCCCUCACAGUAAAUAAAAUUAUAGAAUAUAUUGUAAAGUUAUGUUGCUAAUUUUGUCAAAAGUGGUAACAUCUUAAUACAAAUAAAAACCUUUUUGUGGUUGUAAGAUUUAGCUUAUAAAUCAUUCAAAUUGAAGUGAAAGAAUUACCAGGUCAUUGUUAAUGACUUAGUCUAUUAAGAAUAUAUGUAUUUUUGUAAAGGAAAAGCACUUGUAGAUAUUUAAUCAGUACAAGAUACGUCUUUUGCAGAAAUGCUGCUUAGAGAUUCUCUUUAAAUAUUUUUUAUUUUUGUGCUCAAAUGUAUUUUCUGUUGAUCUAUGGAAUGUUCUGUACAAAGCUGUAUGAUUGUACUGUUGGGCUAGAUACUUUUUUUUUUAAAUCUGGACUCUUAGCCAAGUAUAUUUGACCAUGUUAAAAUAUAGUUAUCUUUGUUAUUAAAAAUUUGAUUGCAUAAUUUA